AUGGAUGCUGGAGAGACAACCGCCCCGGCCCCAGAGCCGCAAGCCUUUGAGAUUACGCAAAAAUCACAUACCACCACAAUCACUUUAUCGGGUCCUUCAGAGCCGACUAUCCAGGUCGUCGACGAAGAGUCGGUGACCAUCGUCAAGGAUACAGCAACAGCGGCACCAGCCAAGGAAAAGAAGCAGAAGAACAAGCAGAAUAAACAAAAAGCUUUGCCGGCACCCAAGGCCCCGGAUGUUCCCUUCUAUCAAAAGCUGGGAGAGUCCCUCCUCCGCCAAAGCCAAGAAGAGACAGUUUUGCUGUCACCCAGGGCCAGUCUCGUAAACCUGCGCGAUUCGACGGAUAGGACAAGGACCGCAUCCUCAGACCUUCUCAGCCCUCAAGCCCAUGCCUCACGCUUUCGAUCAAAGAGCCGCGAUCGUAGUCACAGCCGCAGCCGAAGCCGCAGCCGGGCUGGUAGAGAGGCGGAGAGCGAUGAUAGUGUCAGCACUGGAUCGCUAUCGGAAAUGGAAGCCAAGGAUCCCUCCGUCAACGCAAACUUGAAAGGCAGCUUAUAUACGCUGGACGAUUUCAAGCGUCUCGAAGCCAUCAACAACCUCAUCGCCAGAUAUGGCUCCGUCUCUCACAUGAGCGUACGUGACCCCACUUACUCAUUUUGGCUCAACAAGACACGUACGGCGGCCGUACACUUCAAGCUCCUAAACAAGGUGGCUGUCCUGGCAGGAGACCCUUUGUGUGCCCUGUCAGCCAUGCCUUCGACGCUGGAAGAGUUUGAGAGAUAUUGUCGCAAGGCCGGUUGGAAGACAUCCAUCAUUGGAGCAAGCUCUGCACUGAUGGAGAUUGCCAAGCUCAAGAAGUGGCCUGUCAUGCGCUUUGGUACCGAGAUGGUCAUCAACCCCAUGACAAACGAGGUCUUGCUGGGCAAGAGUGGAAAACGUACCGUCACACAAUGUCGCCAAUUGCUCGAUCCUGCCAAAGGGGGACUGUCGCUGCACAUCUAUGUGCCACAGAGAGGGCGCGAUCUUGUGCUUGAGGGUGCUCUCACCAAGAUCUACGACGACUGGCGAAACGAUCGAAACACGAAUCGAGACUGCCAGGCGUUCAUCACCGUCUUCGAAAUGUUCUCACUGCCAAACUUGAUGACGUUUAUUUACACCAAGGAGGCGGGUGGAAAGAUCAAUGGGUUCGCCGCGCUGCGUUCAAUGGCCGACAAUGGAUAUCAUAUUGACCCAUUCAUCCAAACCGCCGACGCGCCACGAGGCACUUCAGACCUUCUCAUUUUCGCGUCUCUCGCUUACCUCCGCGCCAUCGGAGUUCCUUACUUGGGCAUUGGACAUGAGCCGGUCUCCGAACCAGACGUGCUAUACAACAUGCCGUCUCUUGUCAUCAGCGCAACACGACGCAUAUACCGCCAUAUCUUUGGCCGACUCCCCGUCGGCGGCAAAGAGGCCUUCAAUUCACGGUGGAAACCAGACGAGGAACAAUGCGUCGGCUUAUACCUGAUAUUCGUCGGAAAGUCGACCCCCAGUCCCAAACACUUACUGGCAAUGACGCACUUUGCCAACAUCAGUCUGAGGAGCGUGGCCAAGGCGGACUGGAAAGACCUCAAGGCGGAGCUGGCCAAGAACAUCAAGGUGCCCACGCCGGAUCCUGGGUUGGCGAUGAUUGGGUCAACGAGGCCUUUCAUUGAUGUUCAGAGGCCUCUCAUGACCAAGUCUGUCAGCUCGCCCUCGGCGUUGUAG